AUGGACUUGGAAGGAGUUUCGAAAGACGACUUGAUGCAAGCAGCAGCAGAGCUCCAGCACUUACAGACUAUGGCUUUAAGAGGCGAGGACUUCGCGAGUGCCUACCAGCCCCCUCCCCGGGCCCAACCCACGAGGAGCCCAGCUCGACUUCCUCCGGCAACGGAGGUUUUCACCUUCACGGGCGAAACGGAGGAGCAGCCACAGCAGAAGUACGACCGCCCCAUCGGCAAAGGUCUGGACCAAGGGAAAGGACAGCUUCCUACCACUCGUGGAACGGGCAGACGUCCCCUCUUUGCGCCGGCACAGAGCAGUCAGGCGGCUCCCCAGAGGGGCCAACGAAGGCCUCACCAAGCGGUGUCCCAAAGCACACAGCCCAGCGGCAGUCCACUCUUGACCAACUCCUCAGCGAACUUGGUGGCCAGUGUAGCAAGGCUGUUGCUGAGGCACGAAGACCAGUUGACAGGGCUAGCACAAAACACGACAUGGAUCAUGUUUCAGGGGACGGUGCCUCCCUUGACUCCCGUCCCAGCGCAAAUGAGGAUCGGAGAGCAAUGGCAACUGACCAAGACAGAGUCGCCGGCUGCUCUCAAACACCCUCUGCGUACGGUCUUGUUUCAAACGUGGUUGAGCGAACUGAAAGUGAGGGUCGAGGAGCUGGGCACGGACCAAGUGAAGUACCAAGAGGCAGUCCGACUUGGAGCCCUGUCGGAACCCAACACUUUCCACUACAAGAAGUGGAGUCCGACUCUCCGCGCACUGGAAAGUGUGACAGACCGAGCUCCCUUGACGGCAGACGAGGUUCUGGGCUUGAUCAACGAAGCCAUGGUGCUCAGUACCCUGGAAGAUGCCUUGAUCAACUAUCAUCCGACGAAGCAGUUGCUUCCAGAAAUGACAGGACCAACUGUCACGUUCUCCCUCGUGGUAGGACUCAAAGACCCAAAAUCCUAUCGCCUUUGGACUGUGAUCGAGACCCUUUCGGGAAGCGGGGCGCUGAUGUUAGUUGCGACAACACUGCGGCGGGAACGCAGAGCAAGGUCGCAGUUGGCACAGGCAGUGGCGCAGGACCUUCGGCGCUUGCCCCUAGACUCAACUGUGCUCAAGUGGCUCUGGCUAAUCACUCUAACGACUGCUACGCCAAUGCCACCUUGCUUGCCUACCUUUGGACCUCCCAUCAGUACAAGCCAGCAGAGGCACUGGCCGCACAGUGGACGUCAGCAAGACGCUGCGGACUUUUUGUCACACGUUCAACAGGCCCUCGGCGAGGAAUCGGAGGUGGAAUGCGAGGAUGCUCCAUUGCUCCGCCAAACGCCCUACACGGUGGAUGAUCUUCAGCGGUUCAGUGUCCCUGGGCAGUGGCCAAAGAGCCCUGCCUCAACUGCAGAAGCCGACACGGAUAGUCAGGCUCGCGGCACCACGAUCAUUUUGAAUGUGUACCACCUGACGCAAUCGGAGGGGGUGCAAUGGUUCAACACCCUCUUCGCCCACGAGCACGCCCCCGUCCAGCUGUUGGGUCUGUUCCACGUGGGCGUGCAAGUGGGUGACGAAGAGUGGGCUUUCGGAGCCACUCUGGGCGGCAGCGGCGUCUGCCGCCACAAGCCCCGUGGUGCCGACCAGCACCACUUCCACCGAAGCAUCGUCAUGGGCUCAACGGCGCUUUCCAAGCGAAAGCUGGACGUGAUGUACAGAACCCUCGAGGACCGCUGGUCUGGCGCCAGUUAUUGCCCACUGCAGAACAACUGCAUCGACUUCGCAAGCGAGGUGUGUCGACUUCUCGACGUGGCAGACAUUCCGGCCUGGGUCAACCGACCCGCGAGGCUGGGCUCCUUCUUGGGCCGGCUGGGCUCCUCCUUGGGGCAGGCUCGCCUGCCCGAGCCUCCGGUGAGGUCCCUGUACCUGUGA